AUGUCUCCCACCACACUAAGAACCCUGGCGGCUGCGCGGAGCUGCGCAUUCGCAGUUCCCGCUCUUGCCACGCCAACCACAAGUAUCGGAGCGGGUCACAGCGUCAUCGCCUCAAGACAUGCCAGUCGAGCGUCAUCCAGCGCGCCUCCGCCCGGCGCUUUCCUGCGACUGAAUGCGGACCAUGUGACGUCCAUCGCAUCCCUCUUGUCCGCUCCAUCCUCUUCCCUCCUCACCACCAUCUCCACCUCCGACUCUUCCAUCCCCACAGCGGACGCUUCAGAUUUGGAAUCGUUCAACACGGAUUGGAUGAACAAGUACAAGGGCCAAUCUCCGUUGGUCGUCAAGCCCAAAUCCACAAAGGAAGUGGCGGAUGUUGUCAAUUACUGCUAUGAGCAUGGAAUCGCUGUUGUACCUCAGGGAGGCAACACGGGAUUGGUGGGUGGUGGCGUGCCGGUGCAUGACGAGGUUGUCAUCAACCUGUCCAACUUGAACAACAUCAGGAGUUUCGACGAGGUUAGCGGCACGCUGGUGUGCGAUGCGGGAUGCGUCUUGGAAGUGCUUGACAAUCAUGUGGGCGAGAAGGGCUACAUGAUGCCUCUAGACUUGGGCGCCAAGGGAUCUUGCCACAUCGGUGGCAAUGUAGCGACCAAUGCUGGAGGCUUGAGAUUCUUGCGCUAUGGCAGCUUGCAUGGAAACGUGUUAGGGCUGGAGGUGGUGCUGCCGGACGGGAGAAUUUUGGAUGGGCUCAGCACGUUGAGGAAAGAUAAUACGGGCUUUGAUCUGAAACAGCUGUUCAUAGGAAGCGAGGGAUCUAUCGGCCUGAUCACUGGCGUCUCCAUCGUAACCCCUCGUCGGCCAGCGGCUUUCAACGUCUCCGUCUUUGGGCUCAACUCAUUCGAAGCUGUUCAGAAGCUCUUCCCUAAAGUCAAGGCAUCACUCGGAGAGAUCUUGUCAGCUUUCGAAUUCUUUGAUGCGCAUGCCAUGUCUCUCGUCAAGGGUCACGCCACCGCCGGGGUCAAAGAUCCGUUCGAAGCUGCGCAUCCCUUCUAUGUGCUCAUUGAGACGGGAGGUAGCAACAAGGACCACGAUGAUGAGAAGUUGUCAGCUUUGCUGGAAGAGCUGAUCGAGGACGAAUGGGUGGACGAUGGCGUGUUAGCUGAGAAUACGACUCAGAUCUCUCAGUUGUGGGCCUUGAGGGAAAGCAUUCCGGAAGCUGCGGGCAAGGCUGGCAGGGUGUACAAGUAUGACCUGUCCAUGCCUGUGGAGAAGAUGAACGAGUUGGUGGAGGAGAUGAGGAGCCGAUUCGAGUCCAAGGGCAUCCUUGGUGCCGACAAGAUGUUCAGCAGCGUCGUAGGCUACGGUCACAUAGGAGAUGGAAAUUUGCACAUUAACAUCGUGGCGAAGGAAUACUCGGACGAAGCAGAGAGGGAGAUAGAACCGUUCAUCUACGAAUGGACUUCGAAUGUCAAUGGGUCGAUCAGCGCUGAACAUGGGCUGGGAAGGAUGAAGGCGGAGAAGAUAGGGUAUUCCAAGAGCGACGAGAGCAUUAGGAUCAUGCAGGAUUUGAAGAAGCUGUUCGAUCCCAAGGGCAUCUUUAACCCGCAUAAGUACCUGCCCGGGGCAUGAGAUGCUUGCUUCAGAACGUGUUGUCUCGUGAUCUCAGCAUCGCGCAGGUUCAGCGGAAUGUCACUGCUCUUCUUUUCUUCUGGCUUGCCCCCUCUUAUUCUGCCAUGUGUUUUCGCAAUGCAUCUCUAUAUGAGCAUACAUACACAAACAUAUACCCUACUCGGC